ACAGCCACCGUCAGACUAGGCCUCGGGAUAAAACCUCAAAUUGUUCGCCGCAACGAAUCAAUUCUCCCUGCUUCCCCUGGUUCCUUUUUUCGAGCUCCUCUAAUGGCGGUUGGCUCCCCUUCCUCCCCCGAAAGCCAAGAGCCAAAACUAGACAAAUCGGAGCCCGAGAAUCCCCAAGCCGCCCCCCAAAAUCCUUCCUCUCUCCCCCCUCCCUCCUCCACUCGCGCCUCCGCCGUGGCCGCCGAAAACUCUAGCCCCAAUCUCCCUCCAAAUUCUAAUCCUAACCCUAACCCUAACCUCAAUCCAAACCCAGCCGUCGUGAUCCCUUCUCCUCCAUCAGUUCCAGCCUUCGCCCCGUCGUUCCGGCCCCUGGGUGCUCCUCCUGUCCCCCAGUACUCCAUCCCGUUUCCCAGCUUUCGGGGUCCGAUGGCUCAAAACCCCAGCAUCCAGCCGCCGGGGAUCUCGGCCCCGGUCCGGAUCAUGCUUCCCGGGGCGGUGAGUGGCGCGACGGCCUCUGUUUCGCCCAUGCCGCCCGUUGGCGCGUACCAGGUUCCCUCCGGUCAGCUCCCCCACUCCGCCCCGGUGCCCUACGGGCAGGUUCCCAAUGGAUAUAUGGGAGUUCCCGCGCCUUCACCGUGGGCUCCGGCAGCGAUACCUCCACCUGGGGUGCCCCGUUAUCCUGCACCAUACCCAACUAUGAUUCGUCCUGGUUUUCCUCCACGCCCAAUUCCACCAAUUGGCAUGAUACCCCAACUUCCACGACCUCCUGUUACUGGGAUUCGUGGUGUUCCUCCUAUUGUUACCCCUGUGGUCAGGCCAGUUGUCCCUGUUGUUGCACCAACAGAAAAGCCCCAAACCACAGCUUAUGUUGGCAAGAUUGCACUCACAGUAGAUGAUGAGUUUCUAUUGUCUCUUCUUCGGCUUUGUGGACCAGUGAAGAGUUGGAAACGUGCUCAAGAUCCCUCUAAUGGAACUCCUAAGGGCUUUGGGUUUUGUGAAUUUGAGUCUGCUGAAGGAGUUCUUCGAGCAUUGCGCUUGUUGAGUAAUUUGAACAUCGAUGGACAAGAGCUGAUGCUAAAAGUUGACCAAGCAACCAGGGAAUAUCUUGAGCUAUAUGUUGAAAAGAAAACUGAACAAGAAAAGCUCAAAGAAACUGAAGCUGGAGCUGCUGAUAAAGAAAGUGAAAGUACAGCCGGUGUUGAAAAGCAAGAGCCUCCAGAGCCAGCUGUAGAAGAAAAGGGAAAGGAUUCAGAAGAUUCCAGGGAUAAAGAAAAUGAAGAGAACAUCCAGAAAUUUGGUAUUGUUACAGAUGAAGAUCAUCAGGCUGAUAGAGAUGCCCUUGAGAAACUAACAGAUAUGAUAGAGGAAAGAUUAAAGACUAAACCUCUGCCUCCUCCGCUACCACCAGCACAGACCCCUGCUGUUGGUUCUGCUAAGUCAAAUUCUGAAGGUGUUUCAAGAUCGGGGGAUGGGUAUUCAGACAUGGGUAUUAUGAAAAGAGAUGCUGCUGAAGAUAAGAAUGAUGAUGAGACAACAAGUGAAAAUAAGCCAGCAACUGAUUACCACAAGCAUGAGACUGGCUCACCUGAUAAGAGCAGGAAGCAUGAUAGUAAGAUCAAAGAUCGAGAUAGGGAGCGUGAUUUGAAACGGGAGAAGGAAAGGGAACUGGAGAGAUAUGAGCGGGAACGAGAGCGAGAGAGAGUUAGGAGGGAGAGGGAAAGAGAGCUGAAGUUGAGAGAGGCUGAGCGAUUGUAUAAAGAACAUCUUAAGGAGUGGGAAGCUAGAGAAAAAAAGAAAGAGUACCAGCGGCAGUACGAGAAGGAACGAGAGAAGGAAAGGGAACGGGAACGCCGCAGAGAGAUCCUGAAGCAGGAAGAUGACAGUGAUGAUGAUGAUGAUGAUUCAAGGAAAAGAAGGUGUAGGAGCAGCACGCUUGAGGAGAAGAGGAGAAAGAGACGGAGGGAGAAGGACGAUGACUUGGCUGAUAAAUUAAAAGAGGAGGAACAAAUUGCCGAAGCAAAGAAGAGGGCAAUUGAGGAGCAGCCACCUAAAGAUGAUAUGGAGCCUCCUAUUGAUAUGAUUACCGAGAAUGAAAAACCUGUGAUGCAGGAAAGAAAAACUGCUGAAGGUGCACAGAUUUCUCCAGACCAGGCUUAUGAAAGCAUUUCUGGUAAUGGUGAUACCCCUGGUGACAGAAUCUACGGAAACAGCAGUGGUGAUGAACUGACUAUGGGAUUGGCUGCAGCAACAGACAUGAAGCAGACUAACAAUGCUCCAACUAGAAAGCUGGGGUUUGGUCUUAUAGGUUCAGGGAAACGAACAACCGUACUAUCUGUUUUUCAUGAAGAGGAUGAUGAAGAUGUAGAUGAGAAAAAGAUGAGACCUCUUGUGCCCCUCGAUUAUUCUACUGAGGAAAUGCAGGCUGUCCAGACUAAUGCUUCUGGGGCACCUGCAAAUCUGGUAGCUGCUGCUGAAUUGAAAAAGGCUGAAAUAAAAAAGGAAAGAAGUAGAAGAUCUAGUGACAGAUUUAGUCAGAGAGAGCGAGAUAGAAACAAUGAUGAGAGUACCCAUGGCGAGGAUGGGAGCAAGGAGAAGAGGCCUGAUCGGCAAAGGGUACGAGAAGAUAAGUUGAAAACGGAAAACAAGAAGCUUUUGGAUGCAAAACAGUUGAUUGACAUGAUCCCAAAGACUAAAGAAGAACUAUUUGUUUACAAAAUUAAUUGGGAUAUAUAUGACAAGCAUGAGUUGCAUGAGAGAAUGAGACCAUGGAUUUCAAAGAAAAUAACUGAAUUUCUUGGAGAGGAGGAAGCAACACUGGUUGACUACAUUGUGUCCUGUAUCAGAGAUCACAUGCAGGCAACGAAGUUGCUAGAACUGCUUUUAUCUAUAUUGGAUGAUGAGGCAGAAAUGUUUGUCCUCAAGAUGUGGAGGAUGUUAAUUUUCGAAAUCAAGAGAGUUGAGACAGGUCUACAGUUGAAACCAAGGGUCCAAAACCUACCACUGCCAACCACUUGCACCGCGUCAUUCAUUUAUAAAAGGGACAUGUUGAAGAAGCUCGGGAGGAGACUUAGUAGGCUCUCCAGCCAUAUAAUCUCCCAAAUCCUCCAGAAAAAGAAGCGACGCCCCAGACCUCCUUCCCCAAUCCCAGUUCCACUCCCUUCUCCCUCUCCUCCUCCAUCCCCUCCCAAGAUGCCUCACCACCCCAAGUAUCCUCCCGCCCCCUUCCUCUUCCCAAAAGCCCAAUCCACCGUCCUCCCUGACCCCUCCCCAUUCUUUUCCCCUCGACUUCUCUCCUCCCCUCUCCCCACCAACUCCUUCUUCCAAAACUUCGUCCUCAAGAACGGAGACCAGCCUGAGUACAUCCACCCUUAUCUCAUCAAAUCUCUCAACUCCUCUCUCUCCAUCUCUUUCCCUUCUCGCUUCGCCACACCUGCUUACAUCUACCAGACCUUCAACGCCGAUCUCACCAUCUCCUCCCCCUCCUCCGAUUCCUCCAAAAACCACAUCAUCUCUUCUUGCGAUGAUCUCAGCGUGACCCUCGACCUCCCUCCCUCCCUCCGCUUCUUCCUCGUCCGCGGCAGCCCCUUCGUCACGUGCUCCACCCUCGCCGGCCCCGCCCCCAUCUCCAUCUCCACCAUCCACGCCAUCCUCUCCGUCGUCUCCAACGCUUCCUCCACCAAGCACACCUUCCGUCUCAACAGCGACCAGACCUUCCUCUGCUACUCCUCCUCCCCGCUCUACCUCACCCAAUCCAACGUCUCCCUGCUCACCGCCCAGAAUUUCUCCGGCGUCAUCCGGAUCGCGUUCCUCCCGGAUCCCAGCUAUGAAUCCGUUCUCGAUCGGUUCUCCGCCUGCUACCCGGUAUCCGGCGACGCUUCCUUUUCUCGACCCUUCUGUUUGGAGUACAAGUGGGAGACGAAGGGGUGGGGUGAUCUCCUCCUCCUCGCCCACCCCCUCCAUCUCCGCCUCCUCUCGCUUGAUGAUUCGUGCGUCACCGUCUUGAGAGAUUUCAAGUACCGGAGCAUCGACGGGGAGCUCGUCGGCGUGGUCGGAGACUCGUGGGUCUUGAAAACCGAACCUACCUCGGUCACAUGGCAUUCGAUCAAGGGCGCGAGCGAGGACGGCUAUCCGGAGAUCAACUCCGCCCUGUCCAAGGACGUCGGCGCUCUGAGUUCGAUCGCCACUACUUCGUCAUACUUUUACGGGAAGGCCAUCGCCCGUGCUGCCCGUCUGGCUCUGAUCGCGGAAGAGACCUGUUUCCCGGACGUCAUUCCGGCGGUGCAGUCCUUCUUGAGGGACUCCAUCACGCCGUGGUUGGAUGGGAGCUUCGGCGGGAAUGCCUUCCUCUAUGAUCCCAAAUGGGGUGGCCUCGUCACCAAGCAGGGGUCGGUGGACUCCGGUGCGGAUUUUGGAUUUGGAGUUUUCAAUGAUCACCAUUACCACUUGGGUUACUUCCUCUAUGCGAUAGCGGUGUUGGCGAAGCUCGAUCCGGCUUGGGGGAGGAAGUACAGGCGACAAGCUUAUGCCUUGGUGGCGGAUUUCAUGACCCUGUCUCGGAAGCCGGAAGCCAAUUAUACCCGAUUGAGGUGCUUCGAUCUAUGGUUGCUGCAUUCUUGGGCAGGAGGGCUGACUGAAUUCGCCGAUGGACGGAACCAGGAGAGCACAAGUGAGGCGGUGAAUGCUUACUAUGCGGCUGCUCUGAUGGGAUUGAGCUAUGGAGACAGUCAUCUUGUGGCCAUCGGGUCGACGCUGGCGGCAUUCGAGAUCCGAGCAGCGGAGACUUGGUGGCAUGUGAGGGAGGGAGAAGGCAUGUAUGAGGAUGAUUUCAGUAGGGAGAAUAGAGUGGUUGGAGUGUUGUGGGCUAACAAGAGAGAUAGCGGGCUGUGGUUUGCUCCUGCCGAGUGGAGGGAAUGCAGGAUGGGGAUUCAGGUCUUGCCGUUGUUGCCUAUAACUGAGGUUUUAUUCCGUGAUGUUAGGUUUGUGAAGGAGUUGGUGGAUUGGACGUUGCCAGCUUUGGGAAGGGAAGGGGUUACGGAAGCGUGGAAGGGGUUUGUUUAUGCCAUGGAAGGGGUCUAUGACAAGGAGUCAGCAUUGGCGAAGGUGAGGGCUCUGAAUGGGUUUGAUGAUGGUAACUCGCUCUCGAAUUUGCUGUGGUGGAUUCACAGCAGGGAUGAAGAUGAGGAGGGAGUUGUGGGAUGGGUGAGAGGCUGCUGGUUCGAAAAGUAUUGCCAUUGAAGAAGAAUCUCAUUUUUUUUUGCUGCUGCUCUGCUAUUAGUUCUCCUGGGAUUCAGCUGCCAUGGGAACAAGCAGAAGGUUAUCAAAAGACAUGAGAGCAGGAUAUCAUGAAAUGUGACAAGAAGCUUGAACAACAAAGAAAGGAGGGCUUUCAAAUGUUGAAGACAGAAUAAGCUUGUUUCUGGUUUAGCAAAUAUUGAUAUAGAGAGAGUCUUACAACAGUUUAUUUAUUUAUUUGCAUAUGUUUAAUUUUAGAAACCAAAAAAAAACAAAAAAACAAAAAAGCUGAUACAAUAGAUGCCAAAGAUUUAUUUGGUUAUGUUAUACAAUAUGAUGUAAAGCUUGCUUGCA